CUUGACGCGGCAGUUGUUCGUCGCUCUUCGGCAGUCGUCGGCAAGCCGACCCCGCGAGCAGACGUCUCCGCGCUCCUCGCGAACAAAUCAUCACAUGGAUGUCAAACCUCAAGAUUCAGUUCAAAUCUGUGACAAGUGAAAUAAAGCAACGCAAACUAUUCUCACACAACCCGUAUUUUAAUAGAAAAGAGUGUGUACCUUGUAAUUUUCGCCAAUUCAAUAAUACUCGUUUUGUUGAAUCUAAAUUUGCGUCCCGGUUACGAUCGCGAUCAUGAUAUAUUGUUUAUGAAGCUUAUAAAAUAGUUAUUUACUACUGGUUUCGUGGCAGGCAAGCAAGACAUUGGCAGGAAUAAUGCUUUGACCCAUUCGAAGAAAUACUAAGUUAUUAUUUGAGAAAAGGCGGGUGUGAAUUAGGAAGAGGCGAUGGAGCGGGUGAGCGGAGUGUGUCGGUUCGGAGGCGUGGUGUCAGCUGUGCGGACGCGGGCCGGCCGCAGCCGCCGGAGACUCAUGGGAUCCUCGCACCCUCACGAUGAGGAGCCGGAGACCCCGCACCGGGGACUCGGCGCCGUGCUCGUCCUCGCCUGUGUCCUCGUCUAUCACAACUGUUUGUACUGUGGUUUUGUGUUUGACGAUAUCAGUGCCAUAAAGGAGAACAGGGAUCUGAGACCUCAAACGCCAAUCUCUAAUAUAUUUCUCAACGAUUUCUGGGGAACACCUAUACAUAAGGAGCAGUCCCACAAGUCGUACCGUCCGCUGACGGUGCUGACGUUCCGCUGGAACUACGCCGUGCACGGGCUGCAGCCCGCCGGCUACCACCUCGUCAACCUGCUGCUGCACGCGCUCGUCUCACUGCUGUACUACAGAGUGUGCGCCAUGUUCCUGCCCGAGUUCGCCAGUUUCGUGGCCGCCAUCUUGUUCGCAGUGCACCCCAUACACACUGAGGCGGUGACGGGUGUGGUAGGGCGGGCUGAGAUGCUUUCCUCUUUGUUUUUCCUUGGUGCCCUGCUGUGCUACGCUCGCGCCGCCAGUCGGCGACGGUAUACAGACUGGCGCUACGUGGGCGCGUGUGCCGCGUGCGUGGGCGUCGCCAUGCUGUGCAAGGAGCAGGGCAUCACGGUCACCGGAGUCUGCGUGGUCUACGAGCUCUUUGUCGCACACAAGCGUCGCGGCUCCACAACCACCUCCCCCUGGUCGUGGCUAGAAGCCUGGGGGAAGGGCGCCGGCUGGGGCUGCGCGUGCGGCGAGGCGGCCCGCAGGGUCACCGCGGUUUGCUGUGCGUCUCUGGCUAUGUUGGCCGCUAGGCUGCACGUGAUGGGCGCUCAGCUGCCGGUGUUUACUAAGUUUGACAACCCUGCAGGGGCUGCGGCGCCGCCGGCUAAACACCUAACCUUCGCGUACCUGCCUGCCGUGAACGCCUGGCUGCUCACCCUGCCCGAAGCUCUCUGCUGUGAUUGGACGAUGGGCACGGUGAAGCUAGUGGACUCGUAUCUGGACACACGGAACUUAGCCACUCUGACUCUCGCCUGCAGUCUGAUUGCCGCUACCGUGCAUGCGUUGCGUACGAGGUCGUCUUCUUUGUCUAUGGGUCUCGCUCUCCUAGUGCUGCCAUUUCUGCCGGCGUCCAACCUCUUCUUUCCCGUUGGCUUCGUGGUAGCUGAGAGAGUGCUUUACAUGCCGUCUAUGGGCUGGUGCUUGCUAGUUGCCCACGGAUGGAGAUUGGUGGCCAAGAAGAGGGCCACUCUGGCCACUGCGGCCCUAAUAUUUCUAAUUCUGGCCUUCAGCGCCAAAACUUACUAUAGAAAUUGGGAUUGGAAGACUGAAUAUUCACUUUUCUCCUCUGGACUUAAGGUGAACCGUAACAAUGCAAAACUGUACAAUAAUGUAGGACAUGCCUUAGAAGCGGAAGGGAAGUACGCUGAAGCGCUCGAAUACUUCAACACAGCAGUCAGCGUCCAACCAGACGACGUUGGCGCCCAUAUCAAUGUGGGACGAACAUACAACCAUUUGGGACAAUACCAAGAAGCAGAAGAAGCAUACAAUAGAGCUAAAGCAUUGCUCCCAAGGGCAAAACCUGGAGAGUCCUACCAAGCAAGGAUAGCACCGAACCAUCUUAAUGUCUUCCUUAAUUUAGCCAAUUUAAUAUCUAAAAACGCAACAAGAUUGGAAGAAGCAGAUAUGCUAUAUCGUCAAGCUAUUAGCAUGCGGGCUGAUUAUACUCAAGCGUAUAUUAAUAGGGGAGAUAUUUUGAUCAAAUUGAAUAGGACUAAAGAAGCACAAGAGGUAUACGAAAGAGCGCUGUUGUAUGACAGCGGGAACCCAGACAUAUAUUACAACCUUGGAGUAGUAUUACUAGAGCAAGGCAAGGCGUCCCAGGCUCUAGCGUACCUGGACAAAGCACUAGAAUUGGAACCAGAACACGAACAGGCUUUGUUGAAUUCCGCCAUUUUGUUACAAGAGAUCGGAGCCGCAGACCUAAGGCAUCUGGCGAGGCAGCGGCUGCUCAAGUUGUUAGAUAAAGACGCAACCAACGAGCGCGUGCACUUCAACCUGGGCAUGGUGUGCAUGGACGAGGGCGACGCGGAGUGCGCCGAGCGCUGGUUCCGCGCCGCCGUGCACCUCAAGCCGGACUUCAGAUCAGCCCUAUUCAACCUGGCCCUACUUCUGGCCGAUCGUCGCCGUCCGCUGGAGGCCGCGCCCUUCCUGAAGCAGCUAGUGAGGCACCAUCCCGACCACGUGAAGGCGCUAGUGUUACUGGGGGAUAUCUACAUCAACUCUGUCAAGGAUCUUGAUGCCGCUGAGAGCUGCUACCGACGGAUCUUAGAGCUGGAGCCCGACAACGUGCAAGCGCUCCACAACCUGUGCGUAGUGGCCGUGGAGCGAGGCAAGCUGGCCAUCGCCGAGGAAUGCCUCACUCGAGCCGCUGCCUUAGCUCCUCACGAGAACUACAUCAAACGGCAUCUAGCCGUAGUCAGAGCAAGAAGAGCCUCCGCCGCCGCCACCGCCAGCGAACCACCCAAACCAGAAACAACCGCCACCGCCACCACCGAAGUCAAAGCGAGAUGGAACUACAUCCCCCAACAACCACCCGAUCCACAUGAAACAGACGAUUCAUAGCAACUCUAGUCAACCUGUUUAUAUCAUUAGGAAUCUACAGUUAUGUUUAGAGACUAUGGAUCUUCCCGCGAAGGUCAGGGAAUGAGCUGCCGGCCAAGCAUUGCCUAUGUUAAUGUUCAGGGUAAUAUAGGGUGUCCCGUGUGAGAGAGUGAACUGGAUGGAGGUAUUGUUGAGAGGUGCGUUGAGUUUGUGGAGUUUUGGGACACCCUAGAUCUCAUGGAGGGAAUCUCACUAUAUUUUAAUAAGAAUUGAGACGUUGUAAAGACAUAAACCGACCUGCAUUUGACACAUUAUGUACAGCCAUUAUGUAAUUGAUUUAUUAGCAUGAUCUCGUAGUUUCCAUUACGUAGCCUUUGGUGAUUUAGAGUUAAGUUUAUGUGACGAUUGUGUAUAAAUUAUGUACGUAGAAAAUGUCGGAUCGAGCUUUUGCUUUAGCCUGGUACUUGAUGUAUAACUUGUUUGUAAUUCAAUUCAGAUAAAAGUUACAUUUAUAACCACCUACACACAUAUAAAUAGUAAUUACAUAUUUUACCUAUUUUUCUCUAAACGUGUCUUCACAAUGCAAUGGCUCCUUUAUUUGAAAUGCAAGUGUUUUAUAUAAGUAUUGUUUAUUUUCAGAAAGUAAGUAUACUGAUAUAACAUUGCAUUGUGAUAUUAAUAUAGAAAAUGGUGAAUAUAGCCCAUGCUUCGACUUAGGCGUAAAGCGUAGCAUUGGUAGAAAUGCCCCAUAAAUGCCAUACCUACCAAUAAGUAUGAAUGAAUAUAGUGUACCGACUGUUUCUUGUCUGUCUUC